UGUGCCUUUCAUCACCCUGUUAGCCGUGACGAUGGCUGAAGGACCACAGGGAACAAUUUCGGCCAAUGUCAACUUUGACAUCGAGCUUGCUGCCAAGAUGCUGAAGAAAGCGAUGAAGGGCCUCGGGACGGAUGAGAAGGUGAUCAUUGAGGUGCUGGUGAGUCACAACAACGAUCAGCGGCAGGAGAUCAAAACUCACUACAAGACCAUGUACGGAAAGGAUCUCCAAGAUGACCUUUCAUCUGAGCUUGGUGGCCAUUUUGAGAAUGUUUGCCUCUCGCUGCUGAUCCCUCCACGAAUGUUUGAUGUCAAGCAUCUAAAAAGAGCCAUGGAUGGCAUUGGUACUGUGGAGAAGGUACUAGUGGAAGUUUUAUGCACCCGAAAUCAGGAGGAGAUUGAGAUGAUUAAGAACGGCUACAAGCAGGCGUACGACAAGGACCUCGAGGCGGACGUCACGUCGGAGACGAGCGGUCAGCUGAAGCGCCUGCUCGUGUCCAUGCUGGCCGGCGGACGCGACCAGACGAACGAGGUUGACCCCGCGGCGGCGCGGAAGGAUGCCGAGGACCUCUACCAGGCGGGCGCGGCGAAGCUGGGAACGGAUGAGUCGACGUUCAACGCGGUGCUGGCGACGCGAAACAUGCUGCAGAUCUGCGAGGUGUGCGAGGCGUACGCGAAACUCAGCGGCAACGACAUCAUUGACGCUGUGAAGAGCGAAUUCAGCGGCGACACGAAGGAGGGCUACCUGGCGAUCGUGAAAUGUGCGAGGAACCCUCCCGCGUACUUUGCGGAGUGCGUGAAGAAGGCGAUCGCGGGAGCGGGAACCGACGACGACAGUCUGAUCCGGAUCCUCGUCUCGCGCUCGGAGGUCGAUCUUCAGGAUAUAAAAAAAGCUUACCAGAUAAUGUACACGGAGACUCUGAAUGCUGCAGUCAGUGGCGACACCAGCGGCGACUACAAGAAAAUUCUUCUCGAAAUUGUUGGCCCAGAAUAACUCACCUCUAGAUGGCAGCACCUGACAAAGCCUCGGGCCAGAGAUAAAGUCAUAGUUUAAUAUGGAUCUCCACAUGAUAUCAUCUAGCUGCGUAGCGGUGAUAAAGGUGUGGCAAUCAAAUAUAAAGCAUCAUGGUAGAGUGUGACGUGGAUGUAUUUACCGUUGAUGAAUGAAUUCUAAACACCAUUUUAUAGGCGAGUACCACCGAUGAAAAGGAUGGUUAGAAAAAAUGUUGGCUUAAUCAUAAGGAGUUAUUCCUAGUCAAGUCUGGCUCUCUGUUAAGAAUAGGGGUAAUCACAGAACUCUAUCGUAAAAUCUCUUUAACUCAUCUUUAACUCGUAAUGUAUGAGAGAUGUAGUGCAAAUUUGUAGAAAACAAAACCUUUAUGAGUUACUGCGCAGCUAUCUCUAGCGAACACUGACAAACUUUUAACUCUUUAAACCCCCAUUAACUCUAGAAACGCAUUUACUCUUCAACGAUAGGUAGUCGCGUUGAGUAGGAUUUGUCGUUUUCGCGUCUUGGCCGUUCUUGUGUUUCUGCGUCGAUCCGUGUCGCGGACUCGCGCAUAAUGGAUUGUUCUGGAUUUAUGAGUCGCUCGGUAGUGCCACAUCACCGCCCGCCUUCGCGCCGGCCAGAUUUAAUACCGCUAUUUAUUAUAGGUUAUAUACCCAUUUGUCUGCGUGUGUGUUUUUUCUGUGGGAGCAAUGGCUGCCCACGCGUGUGUGUGUAAAUGUGCGUGCGUGCAUGCGUG